CCCCACUCUUCCCCACUUCCAACUGACACGAUGAAGGUCCUAGAAGGAUUUCUUUCUAUUGGUUUGUUGGCUGUUUUUUGUAGCUCCAGUAAUGCAAAGCCACGGAAGUUCAGGAUUCCUGUCCAUCAGAAGUCAACUUCUGCAAUCUCAUACCAGAAGGUCUGGGAGAAAUUCAGUGGUCAAAGCGAAGCUGAGCGUGAUGAGUUUCUGAGUGGCUCUUUCCCAGUUGAUUUUGAAUGGUCCGUCUCCAGUGAGAGUUUCAAAGUGGAGGGUGGAUGGGCUGAACACAGGAAGGGUGAGACCAUAUGGGAUCGUUUUAGCCAUGAGGGUCAUGUCUUUGACAACCAAACCACUGAUUUGGCCUGUGAUAGUUAUCAUAAGGUGGACUAUGAUGCGUAUCUGCUUAGGGGAAUGAUGGCAUCUAAUUAUCAGUUCUCAAUUUCCUGGGCUCGCAUUUUUCCCACUGGACACAGAGAAAGUUUGGUUGACGAGGGGGUUGCUUACUAUGACAAGAUGAUUAACACACUUCUACAAUCCGGUAUUGAGCCCACUGUUACCCUGCAUCAUUGGGACCUUCCCCAAGCUCUGCAGGACUCAGGAGGCUGGGUUAAUGACUCUAUUGUGGAAGCUUUUAAAGAAUUUUCUGACUUUUGCUUCUCUCGUUAUGGAGACAGAGUCAAAACAUGGAUCACAUUCGGCAGCCCCUGGGUAGUGAGCAACUUGGGGUAUGGAACAGGGGAACAUCCCCCAAGUAUAAAUGACCCAAUAAUAGCCUCUUACAAGGUGACGCACAAUAUUUUGAAAUCUCAUGCUGAAGCCUGGCAUAUUUAUAAUGAUAAUUACAGGAAAAUGUACAGUGGAAAAGUGGGCAUUGCUCUUAACUCUGAUUGGGCAGAGCCAAGGAAUCCCGUAAGUGAUCAGGAUGUUGCAGCAGCUGAGCGUUAUUUGAACUUCCAGCUGGGCUGGUUUGCUCACCCCAUAUUUGUAGAUGGAGACUAUCCAGUCGUGCUGAAGAAACAAAUAGAGCAAAAGAAAGGUGAGUGUGUUAAAGAGCUGGCAAGACUCCCAGUCUUCACUGAGGCAGAGAAACAAAGAAUCCGAGGCACAGCUGAUUUCUUCGGACUUAAUCACUACACUUCCCGACUGAUUAGUGAGAGCAUGGGUAGAUGUGAUGCUGGACCCAAUAAUGUUGGGGACUUCGAGGCUUAUACGGACCCCACAUGGCCCACCACAGCUUCUGACCAGAUCCAGUCUGUUCCAUGGGGGCUUCGGCGGUUAUUGAACUACAUCUAUUUAGAGUACACAUCCAUCACAAAGGUGCCCAUCUAUAUCACAGGAAACGGAAUGCCCACUGAGUACUAUGGUGAUCUGCUCAAUGACAUUCAGCGUGUCGACUAUCUCAAAGCUUACAUUAAUGAAGCAAUGAAAGCUGUGCAUUUGGAUGGUGUUGUCAUCCAGAGGUUUACAGUCAAGUCUCUGAUGGAUGGUUUUGAGGGUCCUCAAGGCUACAGUCAACGAUUUGGAUUGCACUAUGUGAACUUUGAAGAUCCUGACAGGCCAAGAAUCCCCAAAGCAUCAGCAUAUUACUAUUCAAAGGUGAUUGAGCAUAAUGGAUUUGCUGAGACUCCAGCAAGCUCUAAGAGGCAAAUCUAUGGAAAUAAAAUUGAGAGCACAAAACUUCCUAGUCUGCCACCAUCUGAAGUUCCUUCAAAAUCCAAGGUUGUUUGGGAAAAGUUCUCCCCUCAAACCAAGUUUGAGAGACAGCUUUAUCACUAUGGAACAUUUCCAGAGGGAUUCCAUUGGGGUGUCUCUUCUUCAGCAUAUCAGGUUGAAGGUGGCUGGAAUGCAGAUGGAAAAGGACCAAGUGUUUGGGAUACUUUCACUCAAAAACCUGGUAUGAUCCCAAACAAUGACAAUGGUGAUGUUGCAUGUGACAGCUACAAUAAAAUUGAUGAGGAUCUAUACAUGUUGAGAGCCCUAAAACUGAAGACUUAUAGAUUCUCCUUGUCAUGGUCUCGAAUUUUUCCCAGUGGGAAAAAAUCUUCUCUUAACCAGAAGGGUGUGGACUACUACAACAGGCUCAUUGAUGGUCUUUUGUCAAACAAUAUCACACCUAUGGUGACUCUGUACCAUUGGGACUUGCCACAGGCUUUACAGAACAUCAACGGUUGGGACAACCCCGAAUUAAUUAACAUAUUCAAUGAAUAUUGUGACUUCUGUUAUGCAACAUUUGGAGACAGGGUGAAGUUUUGGAUCACAUUUAAUGAACCCCAGACAAUUGCAUGGUCCGGAUAUGGACUAGGUCAGAUUCCACCUAACGUAAACCAACCAGGAGAUGCUCCAUACAGGGUUGCACACAACCUCCUGAAAGCUCAUGCACAAGCUUAUCACACCUAUGAUGAGAAAUACAGGGCAGCGCAAGGAGGUCUGGUAUCCAUUAGUCUAAAUGCUGAAUGGGCAGAACCCCUGGACGUCAACAUCCCUCGAGAGGUGGUUGCAGCUGAUCGAGCCCUUCAGUUCCAACUAGGCUGGUUUGCACAUCCCAUAUUUAAAAAUGGUGACUACCCUGACGCCAUGAAGUGGCAGGUUGGCAACAAGAGUGAACUUCAAGGCUUGACAGAAUCCCGCCUGCCUUCUUUUACUGACGAAGACAAAGCCUUUAUCCAAGGAACAGCUGAUGUAUUCUGCAUUAACACAUACACAACCAGAGUCGUGCGCCAUGUGACCAGCAUUCUUGAUGUUGAGUCUUAUCAGACUGACCAGGACAUUGAGAAGGACUUUCCAGAUGGCUCUGAAAAUACAGCUGUUAAUGACCAGAAGACUGUUUCUUGGGGACUCAGGAGACUUCUUAACUGGGUAAAGGAAGAGUAUGGAAACCCUGAGAUUUAUAUUACAGGAAAUGGUGUGGCUACAGUCCCUGCCAUGACAGUUGAUGACACUGAUCGAAUAUUCUUUCUUAAGACCUAUGUUGAUGAGGCUCUUAAAGCAAACAACCUGGAUGGAGUACGUAUUAAGGGUUAUAUUGCUAGCUCUCUGAUGGACUCCUUUGAGUGGCUAAAUGGCUACUUUGUUAGCUAUGGACUUCACCAUGUGAACUUUUUACUAUCAAAUCGGCCAAGAACUCCAAAGCGCUCAGCUCACCUCCUUUUUGAUAUAAUAAGAAAUAAUGGCUUUCCACUGCCAGUGGAGGAAGAAAUGUUAUAUGGACAUUUUCCAGAGGGAUUUAUGUGGAGCACAGCAACAGCUGCAUAUCAGAUAGAGGGAGCCUGGAGAACAGAUGGAAAAGGUCUCAGUAUUUGGGACAAAUAUGCACACAGUCCUUCAAGAAUAGCUAACGACGACAAUGGUGACAUUGCCUGUGACAGCUACAACAGGAUUGCUGAUGAUGUCGAUAAUGUCAAAAAACUGAAGGUCGGCCACUACCGGAUGUCUGUUGCAUGGCCCAGAAUUAUGCCUGAUGGAACAAACAGGAACAUUAAUGAAGCUGGACUCAACUACUAUAAUAGGCUUGUAGAUGCACUUUUGGCAGCCAAUAUCCAGCCUCAGGUGACCUUGUACCACUGGGAUCUCCCACAAGCACUCCAGGAUGUUGGUGGCUGGGAGAAUGAAACGAUAGUCGAUAGGUUCAGAGACUAUGCUGAUGUUGUGUUUAACAGUCUGGGGGACAGAGUAAAGUUCUGGAUUACUUUAAAUGAACCCCUCAAUGUUGCUUUGGCAGGAUAUGGCUAUGGAACUAUGGCACCAGGUAUAAAUUCCAGACCGGCCACUGGACCAUAUGUUGCGGCACACAACCUCAUCAAGGCUCAUGCUGAGGCCUGGCAUCUAUAUAAUGACAAGUAUCGUGCAAAAUAUGGUGGCCUUAUUAGCAUCACUCUAAACUCUGACUGGGCUGAACCAAGAAACCCAUACAAACAGGAAGAUGUGGAUGCUGCCGUGCGUUAUCUUCAGUUCAUGCUGGGUUGGUUUGCUCAUCCUGUGUUCAAUGGAGAUUACAGUGAUAUAAUGAAAGACAGAAUUCGAGAGAGAAGUUUAGCGGCUGGCCGACCUCAAUCAAGACUUCCAGAAUUUACCCCUGCUGAAGUAGCGAGGAUUAAUGGUACUUAUGAUUAUUUUGGAUUCAACCACUACACCUCUGUCUUAACCUAUUACUUGGACUACAAAGACUUCGAGGACUAUGAUGCAGACAGGGGUGUAGGGGUUGUAUCUGAUCGUACAUGGCUGGAAUCUGGAUCCUUCUGGUUGAAAGUAAAUCCUGCCGGAUUCCGAAAAGUUCUUAAGUUCAUUAAAGAUGAAUAUAGAGACCCUGCUGUUUACAUUACAGAGAAUGGUGUAUCAGAACGAGGGCCAAUAGAUCUGAAUGAUGUCCCCCGUAUCCACUACUAUAAUACCUAUAUCAAUCAGGCCCUGAAAGCGUGUUUGCUAGAUGGUGUGGACAUCCGUGGCUACACUGCCUGGUCACUAAUGGACAAUGUGGAAUGGGCGGCGGGUUUUGAAGAAAGAUUUGGCUUUUUCUAUAUAAAUCGAUCAGAUCCCAGUUUACCACGUAUUCCUAAGGAAUCUGUCUGGAGCUAUGCUAAAAUAGUUUCCUGCAAUGGCUUCAUUAGCCCUGGAGAAAGUCCCCACCAAUGUCAGAUCCUUGAACCUGAAGAAAGUAAUCCUGCACCACCUCCUGGUGAAGAGCUGUUGGACAGUUUCUUGGAUUUGGAAGUGUCAGGUCCUGAUGCUGACACAAGAGACAAAAAACGUCCAGUAGAGGAACACAUUAACCUUGAUAAAACUGACCAUUUCUGA